AGGGGGCGGCAAAGUCUCGAGUUCCUGGGUGUGGCAACUUCAUAGGCACGCCACUAUGGCUAAAGCCUUGGGCCAAGGUAUGAUGCCAUACUCAUUACUGGUGACGGUUGGUCAUGAAAGGGCCCUCUGCUUUGGGGUGACACAUCGGAGUCUCGCGAAAAGACGGCUCGUACCUUCCAGACGGUUUGUCCAGAUGGCCGAGCUAGGUGAGAGACGCAACAGUGGAUGUCAAACACAAUACUCCAAGACCUAGCCUGUGGUAUGAAUGGAGGAAAUUUCUGCUUCACUGUAUCCCAUCUGCUGACAAUAUGCAGAACCGCAUCCUUCGCGCUCCUUCCAACCAACGGAGCUCCGUCUUGCAAGCAAAAACUGAUCCAGCACAGAUCGAUUGAUUCAGGAAGUGACGGAUUCCGGCCGUCCCGUCUCUGGCAGCUGCUUAUCUCCACGGAUGACGUGGGUGUCAGGCUACCCUUUCGCUGGCAGACUCACAUGUGUGUAUUUUGUUACAACAUUGUAUUCGAAGCUACUACAUCCUAGAACGACUAGUGAUCAUGUACAGUGUAUCAUUUGCUACCUGAAAGAUCACGACGCUGGUGGUGCGAGAGCCGUACACGCCUGAUUCGGGGGAGAGAUCAAUACUUCGCUAGACUUCGAGUGAGCAUUCUUGUGUGGUUACAGUCGUUGUUCCACGAAUGCGUAUCCGCCAGGCCUCAGGCGAUGUCCAUGAAAGAGGAGAGAACGCGGUCUAGCAUACUAAGUGUAUUGCAGAAUACUACGUGAAAAGGUGAGCGGCUAACGAGCACGAGUAACGCCUCUGUUCAUGCCCUCUAGCACGAACCUGAGGGCUAAGGGCUGAGGGUCGUGGUAUGCAGCUCCAAGAAGAAGCAUUUGGGACUCAGAAGAGUCGGGCAGCAAAAGAAGCUAGCUAGAUUUGAAGACAGGGCUGCGGCCAUGAGGCUCCGAAUCUGGGGUAAAUCAAAGUGAAGUCUGCCAGGAUCGGCCAUUGUUUAACUGGCUAAAGGGUCUCAGCCUCGGAUCGCCCCAGAAAGCAAGUCAUACAAGUGGCGGCCUCCAAUCGCCGCCACCUCGGCCACACUACUAUGGUAGGCUCAGGUCCAGCGGAUCAGCUGUUGGUGGUUGCGCGAGGCUUUCUGUUGGCUCUUGCGAAACGAGGGGACUUUCGUAUCAGAUGCUUACGGGCCCUUGGCAACUUGCUCUUCUCCUCUUCCUGCCUUAACCUCAAUCGAGGCCUCAAGUCAUCGACCCCAUUAUACGUACAUUUACAUACCAUGUCGAACAAAGUACAGACUCGUUGAAGGCGCAAACAUAUACGCUAACCUCGGCGAGAACGGACGGUAGAUCACAGCUUUUUAGCCCGCGCGCUCGUGCGAUAUGGAUACAGCCUUCCCCGGCGUUGAAGUUAGAGAAAUCACUGGAGAUG